AUGGAAUUUCAAUAAUAACAAUUCGAUGUUGAAUUUGUUCAUGGGAAAAGGUGUUUAAAUAACAUUGAAUACUAUAUAAAAUGGGUUGGGUAUUCUAAAUCAGAAUCAACUUGGGAACCAGAAAUUGCUUUUGAUGGUAUUUCCAAUUAAUUGAUCACCAGAUUUGAAAGAUGCCAAAAUUAUAAAAAUUAUCAUACCAAAAUUUAUAAAGCUAAUAGUCACAUUAAAAUUAGAGUUCAUAUCAUGAAUAAAGGAUGUUAAGUAUAUAAGAAAUUCACAUCUGAAAAUAAAUAUGCUCUUUUAGCUUAAAGCAAUAAAACAGAAAGUAAUGGUUAGAAUUACAAACAUUAAUAAGAAACUAAUCAUUCAAGAAAUUAUGAAAGUACUUUAAUACCUUCACAUUUUAUAGAUAGAAAUGAUGAAAAAGAAGAUUAUGAUUUCUAUAUCAGAAGAGGUAGAGGUAGACCAAGAAAGAGUGAAACUGAUAGAGAGUUCUUAUCUUAUAAAAAUGAUUAUAAAAUAGAAGCUUAAAAAUAUUAAUAGAAGUAAUAUCCUUUACCAAUUGCAGAAUAAUGUUCUUUUAAAUAUGGUUAAUAUAAAACAGAAAAAGAAUUUAUUUAAGAAAUGCUUAUGAUGAUUAAAAAAAAAGAAUAGAAGAAAAAAAGAGAUGAAGAAGUUAUCAUAUAUAAACCAUAAGCAUCUUUACCUCCUGGAUAUAAAAGUCAAUAUACAGAUUUACCAAAGUUUAAUUUACUUAAUCAGAAAUAUUAUGAUAAGAAUUCUAAAUGUUAGGUAAGUGAUGGUAAAAUACCAUUAGAAUGCAUAAAUUCUCAUCAUCUUAUGUAAAAUAAGCAUCUUGUAUUUAAAUGUAAAGAUAAUGAUGAAUAAGUUUGCUAUUUUGAUUUUGAUACUCUUAAAUCUUAUUAUCCUACAUUACUCCUUGAUUAUUUAUGCAUAUAUUCCAUCUGGAAAAAAUGA